AUGGAUUUUGUGUAUGGAUUUGUCUCAAUCCCUGGUAAUGUUUUCCGUGCCGGAAAUUUUAUUCCACCCAAACCCAUAGUUGUUCGAGAAGGUGAAAAUGUACGUAUGCGUUGUGCAGCUGAAGGAAGACCAAAACCUAACGUGGAAUGGAGAAAAUACGACGGAAGCACAAUUCCCGUGGGAUCGUGGAAGGCGAUAUCCGUACCUGGACACACGUUAAACAUUACAAGAAUAAACAGGCAACACAUGGGAGUUUAUAUGUGCAUAGCUGAUAAUGGUAUACCACCUCCAGCAAAUCAAACAUUCGUGCUUGAAGUCUAUUUUGCACCUUUAAUAAGAAUUCAAAAUCAAUUAAUUGGAGUUGUCAAUGGAUCGACGGCCAUUUUAGAAUGCGAAGUGGAAGCUUUUCCAGAAUCUGUUAGAUAUUGGGAAAGAGCCGAUGGUAGAUUUAUCGAACACGGAUAUAAAUAUAGAAUCGGUGAUACUGAAAAGGAUAAAUUUAGAGUGAAAAUGCAAUUAAACAUAACAAAUGUUGGAGUUAAUGAUUACGGGUUGUACCAUUGCAUAAAAAUCGAUCCAGGUUUGGCAACUCCUCCUCCGGUACGAAUCGCUGGUCAGGGAGUGGCAAUUUACGGAGAGCAACCACCUCCUCCUGUUGAUUUCGAUGACAUUUGCCCUCCUCAAUCACCGUGUCCCGAAUGUCCCGAUCCGAAAGAAUUUAAAUGUCGGGAAGGAAGCAUAUCGCUUUUCGAUUUAGUCGGAAAAUUGGAAAUAAAACCUUUCGGAAAUGACACGUAUCCGGGUUUACCGAAUAGAACUUUGGAUUGUUUGCUGUAUGCCGUCGGGAAACCGGUUUAUCACAGAUACACAGAUCAAACGUACGGAAGCUGGAUGAGAGAUCCGGUACCGAAAAACGAUGCUUCCGGUGAAAUGUUUUGGGUUACCAGCGAAUCCGAUUCGACUCAUUUGUACGAAUUUGCUAACAAAAGCUCGUAUAGAAAAGACAUACCGACUAAAGUUUACGAACUGGAACAUCCUUUAAAAGGAAACUCUCACGUUAUUUACAACGGAUCAUUUUAUUACAACGAACAAAACAAACCAAGGAUAUUAAAAUUUGAUUUGUCGACAAAAACAUACGUUUCUUUGGAUGUACCAAUGGUGGCAACAAGCGGUAACAAUUAUUUAUACACGACCGAAUUCAAUUACGUUGAUUUUUCGGUCGACGACAAUGGCCUUUGGGUUAUUUACGGUUUACCAUCGAAUAAUAACACGAUUGUAAUGAAGAUCGAUCCGAACACAUUGAAAAAACAAUACAUGUGGGAUAUCAGUAUUAAUCAUCAUAAAGUCGGUGAAAUGUUUGUCACUUGUGGGGUUUUAUACGCCAUUGAUAGCGUAACCGAAAGAAAUACUAAAAUAAGGUUCGCAUUGGAUUUAUACAAAAAUAUUUUACUCGAUGUUAGUUUAGCUUUUACAAAUCCAUUUAGAAAAACAACAAUGGUCGGUUAUAAUCACAGAACGAAAGAAUUGUACACGUGGGAUAAGGGUAAUCAAUUAACGUAUCCGGUUAGAUAUCACGAAAUCGGUUAUAACGUGUCAAAGGAGGAAAAAGGAGAACCGGAAGCAAAUGCAAGAACAGGUUUUGAUAUUUUCUCUUAA